AUGCUCACUUGUUUCAGAUGCUGUCAACCAGUCGCAUCAGGGGGCUAUCAUCCUGCAAGCAACAUGGGAGACCCAACAAUGCAUGCAAUGUUCCCUACAUACAUGUCGGGUUCAUCUUCGUUUCACAUACCACCUCCACUGCCACCACAGCACCAACUGCAACAACCGUCUCAACAUUUUUUAUUAGCCUCACCUCCACCACCCCUUCCUUUUCCCUCGCCCUAUUCUCAACACCAUCAUGGACUGAAUGAUUACUAUGUGGGUCAUGUCCUGAGCAGCGGCACCAAGAAUCACAACCUCAAUGACUACACUUGCAUUGGGGCACCCGUAGGACAAGCAUUGGUGGGUGAUGGCAAAGACAGGUCACUGCAAAAUCCUCAGGAGGAAACUUUGAAUUGGGGAAGGGGCUAUUCAGGAACACAGCUGCGAUUGGAUACUCACUCAGCGAUCAAUCGGUGUCACAACGGGCUUUGA